UUGUGAACAUCAGUGGGCAGUGUGUCGUCAUGAGGUGUCGUCAUAAUAACGGGACGGCGGAACGUGUCGAUUAGGUACGGAGAGCAACGGAAACAGCCAUCACUGGCAGCAGCUGCAGUGUCUGACUAAACGACUGUUUAGCGAUCGCACCUUCUUCACCCGACGUUCCACCCGACGUUCCACCCGAUGCUAUGCAUACAUGAUAUGGACAACCAAACUAUUUCUAGCGCCGGUAGUUCAGAAUCUUUGAACAGACUUAAGACUGUGUUUGAAGUGUGUGAUGAGAAAAACGAUGGAUACAUUACAAUCGAACAUUUCGAAAAGUUGAUUCGCGAACAUUUUGGAGAAGGAGAAAGUGAGGAAUUACAUGGAAUUAUUCAAUUCUUAGAUCCUGAGAAAAAGGGCAAAAUUAACUUUAGUGACUUCUGUCAAGGUGUACAACGGAUAUUAUCAUUACAAGGUAACAAUCUUAUAAAAAGGAGUUGGUCAGAUGUGUCUGAUGAUGAAUUGAAUUUUGAAAAAAACGCUGAAUCUUCAGAGACCAGUACAAAUACUUAUGCUGAAUAUGAUAUCAAUACAGAUGAAGAUGCAUGCACUUCACUGAAUACUGAAUUUUUUCCAACUCCUGUUGGCAGUUUUGAUGUACAAUUACAAGUGGCUUCAGAAGAUGACAGAGAUAGUUUUAUCAGCGGCCGAUCAUCUGAAGUAACUGAAAAUAGUCGUCAUGACAUAACUGAUGAGGAUAACUAUGAAGAUUUUGGUGAAGGAGAAGAGUUAGAGUCUCAAUCAGAAGCCGACAUCCCAUCUCACACUAGAGGACAUAUUAACUGUGUUAACUGUAAAAAAGCUCGUCAUCGAAGAGAACUUUUGCCUCGUCAUCACAAGCGAAUCUGGCCCAAUAAACGUCUUAGUUCAGCUGCUUAUGCCAGUCAGUUGCAACGAGCUAGUCGUAGCCCAUCUAGAAGAAACAGCAUAGGUUCUGAUGAACUUAUUGAUGAUAUUGAUGGUAAUUUUGAAGUAUUAAAUGACAAAGUAAGAAGUCUUGAAAAGCAAAUUUCACUUUUGACUGAAAGCCAAAUGAAGAAUGACGAUAAGCAUCAAAGAUUAAAAGAAGAAAACUGUAGUCUUAUUCAAAAUGAUAUCGUUUAUCGGGUUCACAUUUUGGAGGAGCAGCUCCGGGAGAUGGAAAUUCGGUCUGAUGAACAAGUAAAAGUUGAGCAAAAGAAACACAAGGAAUAUGUGGGUCGGCACGACCGAGAUAAAGCUGAACAGUUAAUAUACUUAAGUCACAGAUUACAAGAUGUAGAUCGACAUUAUGAAACCACCAAGGAAGAAGCCACCCGACUUAGAAAUGAAGUAGAAAAAUUAAAAUCGGAAAAGUUAGAAUUACAUGAUAAAUUAGCUGAAACUCAAUACUCUUAUGCCACGUUACUGGAAGACAAUGAAAAGCAGCAGGCUGAAAUGGCAACACAAAGUAAUAAUUUUGAACAUGAACGUAAAGCAACUGCUCAGCUUCUUGAUGAAUUAGGGAAAGAAUUAAAAGAACUUAGGCAAUAUAAAAUUGAAACUGAGCAUAUUCGUCAAACACAGAAAAAUGCAUUAGAAUUGCCAGACAAAUGUCGAGAAUUAGAAGAAGAAAUAAAGAAAUUGCAAGAGGUUUUACGGCAGGAGAAUCGUACUCUUCGGGAUUCUAAUGAUGACUUAAAUGUUCAGUUAUUAAAUCGUUGUAUGGAGGAAGGUCGACGACUACUUAAGUAUAAUGGAGCCAUUUCACUAGCAGAUGAAAUUGAUAACUUAAGUAAAGAAGAGCUAAUGAAUGCUUUGAAAGAACAGCAAGAUGUCAAUGAUCGCCUCAAGAAGUAUGUUGAUAAAAUCAUCCUUAAGAUAUUAGAGAAGAACCAGUCUUUACUUGAAAUCAACCAGUGAUUAAAAUGGUCUUUAUUUUAUCUUUAUUUUCACCAUGAAUAAUGUUGAGACAAUGAUACCAACAUCUCUAACUUCAACACAACUGCAGCACAUACCAAAAAAUAGCCCUCCAAAUUUACUCAUUUUCAGCAUUUCUUCAUUCUCUCCUUUAUCUUGAAAUUUUAAAACAUCGGUACUCAGAUAAGAGAAAAUGCUUUAAAUUUUCAUUAAAAAAUUUUCAAAUCAGGGUUUUUUUUUUAAAAAAAUCCCUAAACUGCAUUCAAUAAAGACUUUACCUUCAGGAAUUAUUCUGAAAGAAAAUUACUGCUCGUUAUUAAGAAAACAAAAUAGGUAUUUGGAUUUGUUCCACUUCAAUUCUUUUCUUUGGUGAGCGAAAGCAAAGAAAAUAUUUGAAUUUUAUUCACGAGUAACGUGCAUGAAAAGUGUGUGUGUGUGUCUAUUUUUGAAACUGUUGGUAUUGGAUAAUAGCUUCACAAAGACCUAAAUAAAACAAAUGCUGCUCUCCAGCACUGGCAUACUCUGUCUUUCAGUUGGACAAAUGCUAUGUUGAUCAGAAUACUUUUCAGGCAGUGUGAUUAAUUAUCAGCUUUCAUAACUUAUUUGGAAUGCUUUAUUUUUAGCUAUUGUUUAUAAGUGUAUAGAGUGUAUGUGGGUAUUUUAUAUAUAUUAUAUAUGUAUAUAUACACACACACAUACUGUUUCCAAAGUACUUUCUCAGGCUUUCUGGUUUUGAUUUAGCUAGCUUUUCAGUUAAAGCACUUUUUUUUAUGUCUAGUCAUAUAUAGUGUAUAAACUUUCAUUUAUUAAUGAAAAAUGCUAUUUCAUUUAUUUCAAUUACAAAUUCUUGGAAAGAGGAAAUUUAUUGAUUUCUAUCCUGCCUUAUGAAUCAUAGCUGUUUUCAUAGAAAAUCAGAAUCUCUGGUUUUAUUUAGUGAGAUCACUUUUUUUUCAAACCAACGUAAAUUAAGAAUGUAAAACAUGAACAGGUUGCAGCGGUUGAUUGUAAUCUUUCCAUCUAUAAAUUACAUUGACAUCAUCUUUCAAAAUUAAAAAAAAAAUUUUUCCAUCUUUAUUUUUCAAUUAAAAAUCCUUAAAUGUUAUGUGAAGUUGCAGUGUCUCCUGUGUAUGUUUGUGUAAAUAUGUAGUAUGUAUGGAUAUGUGUAUAUAUUGUGUGUCUGUACAUAUAUAUAUCACACAUGUACUAAAGAUGUAUGUAUGUAUUUUAUACCAUUCGUGUAUACAAAGUCUUUCAUUGUUAAUUGUUUUUAGAUACUUUUAUAUAAUUUUACUGUCGUGUAUAUCCUUUGGUGAAUAUACUUAUAAUUUUUAUUAUUUUUCCUCAAAAAAUAUAAUGAAUAUUAAUUAGGUUUUAAUUUUAAUCAAAACAGUUAUUUUGAGAUACUAAGAGGAGUUCUUAGUAAUUCCAAAUUUUUAUUAGAUUAUUUUUUGUAAAAUGUUGCUGUUUUUUAUAUAGUUGCUUUCUCUUUUAUUUGAUUUUAUUUUUUAUUUUUAUUACUUUACAAACAUAACAUUUUGUUCUGCAUUUUAUCUUUAAAUCCUACUCUUAAAAUAAGCUAAAUCAUUUUCAAACUCCAAGUGGUAAUAUAGUCUAGCUAUAAAUAUUUUAAACAGGAAAUGUUACAAGAUUAAAAGUUGUGAAGUUACUAAGUUGAAUACCAGGAAUCUUUUCUGUUUGGCUGCCAAGAUUUCAAAAAUCAAAAUUUAUUGAAAAUUUUAAAAUUUGGUAUAUUAAUGUAGUUUUCCAAGCUGAAUUGCUGGAGUUAUUUCACUUUUACCAGAAAAAUAUUUUUAAAAAGUUAUAGAGGUUUAAAGUUUGAUCAGUCAGGAAACAGGAUUUGGAAGCUGUCAUUUUGUGCAUGAAUGCAUAUUUUGUCAUUGUCCUAAAAAUAGCGCUUGUGUCUUUAUAUGAAACCGUAAACAAAUGAAUUAUGCAUGACACUCGUAACUUUUUUAUUCUUUUGAGUUUUCAGAAACUUUUGCAAAUUUGUAUUUUACACACAGGAUUUCAUACGAUUAUGUAAACAAAUCUAGAAAUAGUUGUUAUUGUCAUACACAAAUAAAAUCCUCUAAAAAUUGGUUUUUAGAAAUACGUAGUGAAAUAUUGUUUUCAUAGAAACUAACUGUAUAACUGAAGAAUGCUGCAAAAGAAGUUUUCUCUGGUUUAAAUCGCCAAAAGAGGAUUUUCUUUGAUAUUCUUAAGUUUAGUUUCACUUUUUAAUGGAAUUGGUUAUCAUAAUUACUUUAUACUUGUAGAUGGUAUUUAUUUCAGAUUAGGAAUAGCUUCUUGAACUUAAUGUUAUAUUUUGAAUUGAAGACCACUGAUAUUUUCUUCUGUUUAACUGGAAUCAUAUCACAAAAACAUCUGCUAAGCUUUCUAUAUUGAAAAUUAGCUAAAGUAGCGCAACACUUUUAGUUAAAACAUUAAUUUUCAAGAAAUGUAAUUUGAAAUUGAAAUUUUGUAAAUGUAGACAAAAGAAAAAUAAUAGAGCUGAGUUAAGGUAACAACUUAGAU